AUGUACACGGGAAAAAUCAUCGCUCGCAAUGGCCACACUGCUGUGAAGACGUUUGAAACAUGUCAAAUACUGAACAUAAAACGUAUCCGCUCCACCUAUGAGUACGUGUAUCGCGAGCUCUUUUGCAAGGGUGAGGGCAGUGAUAUUAUCGUAGCAGCCCUGGGCUACGAGUGGCUUCUUCAUCGAAUCUACAUUAAACAGUCGCCCUUCUUCGCUGCUAUGCUGGACGGUGGUUGGAAGGAGAGUGAUUGCAAUCGGAUCGAAUUGGAACUGUCUGACCCUGCCAUCACCAAACACGCCCUGGAUGUGGUGUUUGGCUCCUUCUACUGCGAUUGUGUCUCCCUGACAGACCAGACCGUGUUGAAUAUUCUGGCGGCUGCAACGUGGUUCCACCUGGAAGACAUUCGUCAGUUGGACACCAUCAUUGAAUUUCACGCUGUCUCUGGGAAGUAUAGCCUGCCUGAGCUGAACCAGGCCUGCGUGGAUUGGCUGUCGCAGAAACUGUUGGUCAUUCCUGACUCCCCGGCACUCUUUACGCUCCUUCAGAAUAUUCCCAGACCCCGUAUUCUCUCCGUCCUCCUGCUUUUGUGCUUCAUUGAGACUAAUCUCUACGUUAUUUUUCAUCCCUGUAGAAUUUCCCUCAUGCAGACUGUGGUAAGCCAUCCGAGGUUGGUGGUGAUCCAGCUCGAACAAGACGUCUUCAUAUGUCUCCUUAAGUGGAUGUACCUGCAGCACAACCCUGACACGCAGUACUGCCCGGCGUCGGACCUGCUAAAACAGGCCUACGAGUACUACACUACUGUUAAGCCAAACUUUCUGGCCUCCCCUGAGGGUGCGCCUUACGCUGCGGCCUUCCGCGGUGUCCGGUGGGAACACGUUGUGACCAUCUACAAGGCCACCCAGCGCAUGAUACAGGAUCGUAUUGUUCCAGAAGGUACGUCUCUUAAAGUUUUUCCUCCUUAA